GACAGCAGUGAGUGUGCAUGCAGGGGGGAGGCUGGGCUGGACAAGGGCCAGGGCAGAAACCUGGCCCCCUGGGGGUGGGUGCUCACCCUGCAUCGAGGCACUGGCUGCAAGCGCAUGGGCAGGGCACACUGCUGCUGGCACCGGGCCUCGCACAGGCCUUGCUGCCUCCCAGCUGCCUCGUUCCCUCUCCUGCCUGUCCCCAGCUCCCUGCAGCUCCUGCAUCCACUGCCCCCUGCCACCAGCUCCCUUCCUCCUUCCCUCCCUCCCAGCCCCACUGAAUUCUUUCUCUCUUCUGCAGGCCAUGGCUGUCACAAACCUCUUACACUGGGUUCUGCAACAGCUCAUCCUGAAUGUGCGUUUCGUCAAUGAUGAGCUGGAUGAAGCCACACGUGACCGCAUGGAGCACCGUGACAAGCAGCUGAGCUGGGCGAUGGCUCAGCUGCUGCAGGAGCUGGAGCACAAGAGCCAGUGGCAGAGGAGCAAGGAGCAAACUCCCGUGGCCUUGAGAGGCGUGCUCUUUGCUGCCUUGCAGCACUGGCAAUUCUGGGCUGUUGCUGGCAUCCUGCUCCUCCUCAUUCUUGGGCUCUGCUGGUGCCUCAGGAGAAGAAGCCAUGAAGAGGGCAGCAGCAGUGAAGAGGACAGCAGCAGUGAAGAGGACAGCAGCAGUGAAGAGGACAGCAGCAGUGAAGAGUACAGCUCCAGCAGCAGCAGUAGAGAAGAGGAAGAGUGGGAGGAGGAGAACGAAGAGGAAGAAGUCAGUGAAUAUGCAAAUGACCUGGCAAGGCAUUUUGAGGAGCACAUACAAUGGCCUGAUCAGAACCUGUUCACAGAGUGCGAAUCUGUGAGGAACCUUGUGAAUGCUUUUAUCCUUGCUGCCAGACAAGUCUUGUCAGAGAGCUCCUUCCCAGUGCUGGAACCAUGCUUUGGCAUAGGCAGCACACACGAAGGCUGGAGUCCCUGUGAAGAAGACAUUGUCUAUGAAGUGCUUGUGCCCCUGGCCCCCCCACCUGGCCACACCUUUCUCCCGGAGCCCUGCAAUCCGGGGGAGAUGCCAGAGAGGAGCUUCCGCAUCCGCGUGGAGCUGGAGUGUACAUGCAUGAGAGAGCAGCUGGUGGGGGACAUGCUGUGCUUCGUCCACCACGACGAAGAGGAGCUGAGAAGGCAUCAGGGCCCCAGCCUCCUACACACCCUCUGCACCGGCUCCUAU